AUCUACAUAUUGACCCACCCUCAUACCCACACGAACAGAUGUCAGCAUCGAACCGGUUCGUCCAUCGCGCAUUGCUCUCUCAAAACAAGAGGCGCCUCCACCCAGGGUUGAGCUUCUUCCCGCUAAAAGACUAUGGAAUCUCUGCCAUAUUCCCUCGUUGUAGCCCUGCAUUAUUAGUCGGAAAUCGCGUACGGUCUUCCGAGUCAGCGACAUGCGAAACCUUGAAGAGCGGUAGUAUCCCACGAAGAUGUCUACAGGAAUUGCCGUGUUUUUGUGCCUCCUGGGGCUGACUACAACAAAAUGUUUUAACUUCCCCAACGAGAAGCGGAUCUCGGAAAGGAAAUGUGAUGAAUACCGGCAGCUAACGGUGAAAACAUCGGCCCUGGUAACGCUCUCGCUUAAGCCGACCAAAAUUAAAUUCGACGAUUACAAAUGCCCCAAUACAGUGGAUUUGAUUGUAGGCGGAGAACAAGCCCGGGUUGGGGAAUUCCCGCAUCAGGCUCUGCUCGGAUACCCUUCGGAAACUAAUCGGAUCGAGUUCAAGUGUGGUGGAUCGCUGAUCAGCAAACGAUACGUGCUCACUGCUGCUCAUUGUUCCAAAGGCUCCGAUAUACCCACGGUGGUGAGGCUGGCUGAACUGGAUCUGAGUGUCGACGACAAAGAUCAGGUGGACUUCGAUGUGGAGAAAGUUAUCAAACACCCGGAGUAUUCGCCAAGGCAGGCCUAUCACGACAUCGCUCUAGUAAAGCUCAAUCAAGAUGUCUUCUUCACAAAAAUGCUUCGUCCGGCUUGUCUAUGGACUAGACAAGAGUUGAAUAUGACUCAAGCGCUAGCCACCGGAUUUGGUCGCACGGAAUUCGCUGGCACUACCUCAGAUCAAUUGAUGAAGGUUCAGCUGGAUGUAUUCGGCGCAAAUGAGUGUAGUUUUCUCAGUUCAAGUUCAAUGCAACGGAAGUUCCCUCGGGGUAUAAUCAGCGGUCAAAUAUGCGCCGGCAGCUUGCGUGACAAUAGGGACACCUGUCAGGGAGAUUCCGGAGGACCGCUGGAAGUGGUAACCGAUCAGAAAGGAUGCACUUUCCACAUCAUUGGAAUUACAUCUACUGGGGCCGGGUGUGGGUUUGCAGCGCCGUCGAUCUAUACACGAGUUUCCAGCUAUAUCGAUUGGAUUGAGAGCAUCGUUUGGGCGGAUGGUGUCUGAGAGGGUCUUCAGAGUGUUUUUCUUAGGUGUAGCCUUCAUUGAAGUGGUUUGACUUUUAAUGGAUUUGGGUAAUAUUCGGUUUGAAUAAUAAAAAAAAUCUGUUCAUAAUGCUCAA